AUGGCACAAGAGAACUUCUCAUCUGACAGCUGUAAAUCUUUGAAAUCCCCUUACAUUACAAUGGCUGUAAAAGAAGCAGAUGCUUCAGGAUACAUCACAAGCAAAACAUUUCAAAUGGCAGUCCCACAAUUUCAGAACUUCUACAACCAAUUCAAGGAAAUGGCAAGUGUUCUUGAGACAGUUUGAACAGCAUUUCAGCAGUUUAUUUAAACCAAGCGAGCCCUUUUCAUCUUGCCUAUAAAACUUAAUGGUUUUUGUUAAGGAAAGG